AUGACGGAUCACGAUUCGUUGGUUGAGACAGCCUGUGUUGCCUGCGGCGCGGGCACGGACACCUCAACCGGAGCCAAGGCUGGACCCUGCACCAACUUUAACGUUCCUGCGGGCUCGUUUGAUCACGAUUCCAACUCUGCCACCGCGGCGAUUACUUGCCCUCCUGGAAACUAUGCGCCCGCAGCCGGCACGACGUGCACCACUUGCGGCACUGAAACAUGGGACCAUGAUUCGUCGUCUGCAACUGCCUGCACUUCUUGCACGUCCGCAUGCUCUGCUAGCUCCUUUCAAUCGCAGGAUUGUACUCCCACGAGCAACCGCAUUUGCACUUCGUGCGGGUACUAUGCCGAUUCCAGCAACCACCUUUGUGUUGAAAGCUGUCCUGCUCCCAACUAUUUUGGUGAUGCUUCUCGAAACUGUGUCACACCCUGCCCCGAUGGAACGUACGGAAACCCCUUGAGUUCUCCUCGUGUUUGCGCAUCAGCUUGCACAGGCGGAUACUAUGCCGAGCCAACCAGCAAGGUUUGUGUCCAGACUUGUCCUGCUGGGACUUAUGGCGACGGUCUGCGGACUCCGCCGUCGUGCUCGGCGAGCUGCACUGGUGGACGCUUCAAAGAUGACAGCACUCGACAAUGUGUUACAAACUGCCCCGCCAACUCAUCCUACCAGCGGAUCAUGCGUUGUGUCAUGUCUGUCGCCGACCUACGCAAAUUCUCUUGCUACCCCGCCGUCGUGCUCGGCGAGCUGCACUACCUCUUUGCAGAUUCUUCAAGCGGAUCGUGCGUUGUGUCAUGUCUGUCGCCGACGUACGCAAAUUCUCUUGCUACUCCGCCAUCGUGCUCGGCGAGCUGCACUGGUGGACGCUUCAAAGAUGACAACACUCGACAAUGUGUUGCGAAUUGCCCAGCCAACUCGUGGGCGGAUCCCUCAACUAGCAGCUGUGCAGCGACUUGCUCCGCCGGGUUUGCGCACAAUGCCACCUGGUCUUGCGUCAACACUUGCACUGUCGGCUAUGCCGACAACUCGACUCAGUCGUGCGUGAGUCGAUGCCCAAGCGGCACUUUCGCUUCGAAGGCAUCGCGUCAAUGCGUGGCUGCUUGCCCAUCUGGCUACAAAGCCUCCAACUCCACCAGCUCGUGCGAUGACGGCUCUUCUGGCGCUCAAAGCAAUGGUGGCAGCAGCCCUGUUGCCGUAGCUGCUGGAGCCGCAGCAGCAGGCGUCGUCGUUCUGAUUGCGAUCGUGGUCGUGGUUGUACUUUUACGUCGAAGGAAGCAAGGCCGCAGCAACCACAAGAUGGAAAGCACUUCCGCUACUAUCGAAAUGACCAACCCGAACUUUGCUUCGAGCCACGAUCCAGUCUACGAUGUUGCUGGUCAAACCAAGCAAAAGAGCUCUUACCCUGCCUCGGCUGACUACGCACUGCCGCUCAAGCCAAACCCCAGCGAUCCCGAGUAUGCAGCGGUCGGAGGAUUGCCGUAUUCCACGCCGUCAACUGAGUACAGCCUUGCAGUGGUCUCAACAUCUGCAAUGCUGUCAUCGCAGAUAGCCACUGGCGAGCGCAAGCUGCUCGGACGAGGCGCCUUUGGAGAAGUGUUUUCCGCGAACGUGUCCAUUGCCCUCAUUGCUCCCCAGCAUCGCCACCUGUUUGCCUUUGGCGCGCAGACGGUGGAUGUCGCAGUCAAGACGCUGCAAUUGGAUGCGAACGUUCGAGCGGAGCAAGACUUUGUGCACGAGGCCGAGCUCUUGCGCAGGCUGAACCACACCAACAUUGUCAAUGUCCUCGCGGUGCUCCCAGCCGGACGAGGUCAGCCGCAAAUGCUCGUUCUGGAGUAUGUGCCGUAUGGUGAUCUCCGCAACCUGCUUCGGAAAUCGGCAAAGAGUGGUGUCGUCUGGUCGCCAGACGAGUAUGUGCAUGUGGCCACCGGUGUUGCUGAAGGCAUGGCGUACUUGGAGCAAUCGCGCGUGCUUCAUCGUGAUUUGGCCGCACGGAACAUCCUUGUUGGCGAGCAUCUGGUCGCCAAGAUUGCCGACUUUGGCUUAUCCAGGGAGCUGAAUGACAAGGACUAUUACAAGUUGCAGUCGAAGCAGAAGUUGCCGAUUCGCUGGAUGGCGCCCGAAACACUCAACUAUCGCAAGUUCUCGAGCCAAUCGGAUGUAUUUUCGUAUGGCGUUGUGCUUUGGGAGCUCUUUACAAUGGGCCAAGCACCCUGGGCGAAUGUCGAGCGGGAGCAGUACCUUGUGGGUCUGGAGCGCGGCGAUCGUUUGCCGCAACCUCGGGACUGUCCUGCGCAUCUCUACUCGCUGAUGUUGACGACCUGGGAAUGGGAACCCUCUGCCCGCCCUUCGUUUGCCGACUGCGUGCUUUUACUUCAGCAGGGCCGUUCGCCAAGCGGCACAGUUCGCGAUUUGGGGGCUAUGGUGGUUUGGAGUACUGCGCGCAACACGAAGUGA